AUGAGGACCCUUUUUGCUGGGGAGAAGGAGGUGCGUAUCGCGCUACCGGCAAAGACGGUCGUGCUUCGGGUCCGCGACUUGGACGACGCGGUGACGGCGGAAGAUGUCGUCAUUGCCAUUAAGUCGUCCGGGGGCUGCGGGCCCGAAGAUGUGAGGACUGGGGCGAUCCGUGCCGAGGCCAACGGACUGGGCACCAUGUGGGUGCAGUGCCCGUUGGCCUCGGCUAAAAAAGUGCUGGACGGUGGCCGCCUCCGUGUGGGAUGGGCCACCGUCCGUGUGGAGACCCUCGCGGGGUGCCCGCCGCGGGCUCUGCUACCGCUGCGGUCUGGAUGCCCACAGGGCGGCGGACAGGUGAAGUGUCCUGUCUGCCGCGACGCCAAAAGGCCCUGUGGCCACCGUAUGGGUACUUCCCUUUGCCCAAUGGGGGACAAAGAGUGA